AUGCAAUUCCUUCUUCCCGUUUCCCUCCUCGUCGCCGUUGUCGCGGCGCAGAGCACUUUCACUGCCCCAACAUCACCAACGAGCACCAAAUGUGCUGCCCAGGGCGUCCUCGAUCAGUGCAUCACCACCAACAUGGGCUAUGUGAAUUCAUGCGCAACAUCAGACUAUAGCUGUUUGUGCCAGAAAUGGGGCGACGUUCUAACUUGCUACCUCCAAUGCCCCAACGACCCCAACUUCAGCGGCGCGCAAAGCUCGAAGGCCACUUACUGCCAGAACGCGUCCGUCUACGCCUCGACCACCACCAGCGCCGCUGUCUCCAAGGCCGUGUCUCCUACUGCCACCUCGGGCGGGGCUGCGAAUACCGAUGCCGGAGAAUCGGGCGCUGUCAAGACUCCUAGCGGUACCGGGUCAAGCGCAAGCCCGUCAGCAUCUGGGAAGAGCGGCGCUGAUAAUCUGGCCAUUGGUGCUGGAUCUGUCAUGAUGGGUCUUGCUGGUUUGGUUGCGGCAGUUUUGUAA